AUGGAGAAGCUGGAUGAGAGCAAGUUCGAGCAGCAGCUGCAGCUCUGGGCGCUCCGCAUCCCCCGGGAGCUCGCCUCCGCCGUCACUCGCCUGCUCCGCUCCGGGCCCCUACUGGACAUGCCGCGGGUCAAGCCUGUAGUUGAGGACCCUGGGAGUGACAAGAACAGACUUGUGGUGCUGUCGGAGAAGAUCCAGAACCAAGAUUUGUCCGACAUUCCGGAGCAGGUUCACAAUUCCUUGAAGCAACUGUGCAGUGUUGAUGUUGUACCUUACAUGUUGACUCUUGGUUAUUCUUACUGGAGUGCUGAUCAUAUUCUGAAGCAAAUAUUGCCUGAAGGAGUAGAGGUGCCCUCUUCUUUUGAAACAAUUGGUCAUGUUGCUCACUUAAACAUACCUGAUGACUUGCUAGCAUACAAAGAUGUCAUAGCAAAGGUUAUCUAUGAUAAAAAUCAUCCAAGGAUUCAAACAGUGGUGAAUAAAGUUGGGGCAAUUUCAAAUGAAUUUAGAGUUCCAAAGUUUGAGAUUCUAGCAGGGAAAAAGGAUAUGGUGACUGAAGUUAAACAGUAUGGUGCUACGUUUAGACUCGACUAUGGUUUAGUCUACUGGAAUUCGAGACUUGAGCACGAACACAUCAGAUUGGUUUCCCUUUUCAAGAAAGGAGAUGUUAUCUGUGACAUGUUUGCUGGUAUUGGCCCAUUUUCUAUCCCAGCCGGACAGAAAGGAUGUGUUGUAUAUGCAAAUGAUUUAAAUCCAGACAGUGUUCAUUAUCUGAAGACAAAUGCAAAGAUUAACAAGGUGGAGGAUUAUAUCUUCACAUAUAACAUGGAUGCUAGAGUAUUCAUGCAAAGUUUAUUGGCAGUACCUGAUCCAGAAACUAAGUCCGAGUGUCAAUUUGCUGCUGCUAAUCGUUGUUCUGAAGAAAUGGUUUCUGGUAAUGAACAUUCUACAUCAAAUGGAAAUCAUGAUGUACAAGAGGUCUCGCAGGAGAGUUUGGAUGGCUCCUCCAUGGUAAGCACUAGUGCCAAAAGGCGUCAAGAAAGCUCUAACGAAGGUGAUGUUGCCUGCCAAGAAGAUGCCAAUCAAACAAAAAAGAGGAACAAUAAGAAAGUAAAAAGCUCUGGGCCACUACCUGCCAGGCCUUGGGAGCACAUUGACCAUGUAAUAAUGAAUCUCCCUGCUUCCGCACUGCAGUUUCUCGAUUGUUUUGAUGGUCUUGUUCAAAAGAGAUACUGGAAAGGGUCAUUACCUUGGAUCCACUGUUAUUGUUUCAUCCGUUCGAGUGAAUCUGAAGAAUUGAUAUUAUGUGAAGCACAAAACAAACUGAAUGCCAAGAUAGCAGAACCAAUAUUCCAUAGGGUUCGUGAUGUUGCACCUAACAAGGCUAUGUUUUGCUUAAGUUUUAGGUUACCCGUGGAAUGUCUUAAGGAGGAAACUGAAGACCACAUUCUAUCAGUUGACGGUUAG